AUGGGUCAACGAUACUCCAUCGCGUCGCUCUUGCGCCAACUAGUAGCGGGCCCUCGCGCCAGGCACGCUGAGGCAGGACUCGACCUGUGCUAUGUGACAGACAACAUCAUCGCCACGUCAGGCCCAAGCGGCACAUACCCACAGCGCGCCUACCGCAAUCCACUGGAUGCGCUCGUCAAGUUCCUCGACUCCAAACAUGGCGACGACUGGGCCAUAUGGGAGUUUCGCGCAGAGGGAACGGGCUACCCAGACUCGGAGGUGCACAACCGUGUCUACCACUACCCCUUCCCUGACCACCACCCGCCUCCCUUCGCCCUCAUACCCAAUAUCAUGGCCAGUAUGCGCAACUGGCUGCACGAGAAACCCGGCAGAGUGGCGGUGGUGCACUGCAAAGCCGGGAAGGGGCGGUCUGGUACUGCCAGUUGCAGCUACCUGAUUAGUGAGGAGGGAUGGCCAGUAAACGACGCUCUCGACCGCUUCACCGAGCGGCGCAUGCGCCCGAACAUGGGCAAAGGCGUCAGCAUUCCCAGCCAGCUGCGGUGGAUAGGCUACGUGGAUCGCUGGGCGAAACACGGCAAGACAUACGUGGAGAGGCAGGUUGAAGUACUUGAAGUCCACUGCUGGGGACUCCGUGACGGCGUCAAAAUACAAAUAGAAGGCUUCGUCGAGGACGGCAAGCUCAUCAAGAACUUUCACACCUUCACGCGAGACGAAAGGGAGAUUGUUCGGGGCGAAGUCAAGACUACCGGUAUGGCACAGGCCGUACAGGAAGUCAUGUACAAGAACGGCUUUGGCCCAUCCAAGAACAGUGAGGGCUCCAAGAAUGGAAGCACGUCCUCGUUGGAACAACCGGCCAAUGUCGAUGGCACUGCUGAAGCAAAGUCAUCACAGGAAAGUCUCCCCAUGGGCACAGGCGACGUCGUCUUCCGUCCAUCCAAGCGCGUUGUUCUACCCACCAAUGACAUCAACAUUGAUGUCGAACGGCGCAACAAGGCUGCCUUCGACCUCACAAUGGUCACUGCAGUUGCUCACGUGUGGUUCAACACCUACUUCGAAGGCAACGGCCCAGAACAAGAUAGCAAUGCAGAUCAAUCUGGCAAUUUUGAGAUUUCCUGGGAAGCCAUGGAUGGCAUCAAGGGCUCGUCGCGAAAAGGCACACAAGCCUUUGAGCGAAUAGCGGUAGUGUGGCGCGCACUAUCUGCCGACGAAGGCCGGCCUGGCAAAGUUAUCAAAGAACCAAAAGAAGGCGAGCCCGUUCAACAAGUAGAACCGGCAGACUGGAGGGGCACCAAGGGAGUGGAGCCUUCCGAAGGCAAGGACUUGGGCGUACGCACGUCGAGCCCGCCAAACGACAAAUCCGACAUCAGCCGGGCAAACAGCGUGAGAAGCGAAAACAAGAAGAAACAAACCGUUGUCAAUGUCCCCGGGAGGAGAGACAGCGGAGACAGCGAUACUAGAGACGUGCGAACUCACGGCCCGAACGGCGAGGAAAUCUUGAGUGAGCCGAAGGAUACCCACUCAAGCGGGGAGACUAAAGGGAACGGGCCGGCAGCAACAGGAGAGGUCGUUUCCGACCCCACGCUACCCAGUCAUGUGAAAGAUGCUAGCACCACAGCUAGUGAUUCGAGAUCUCCAGACCAGAUUGCCGGGUCGCACCAUGGCACCGGGAGCCGUAUUGGCGAGGUUGUGGAGAGCGUCAAAUAUCACGUCUCGGGCGCGCCUCCCACUAGCGACUUACCCGACGGAAGGCCUGAGAGUGAGAUGAAGGAUGCAAAGGAGCACGGGCUGGGACACAUGCAUUUGGGUAAGAAGAACACAAGUUCAUGAGCAUCAAAGUCACCCCGACGGUGCAAGGCGUGUACAGUGUCCAACUUACUUCGUGCCCAGCCUCUGGUAAUGCGGGGGCGUGAUUUGGAGGAGCUGCAGGACAUUUUAGGAAACUUGCGGUUGGCGUCUGGUCAGCGUAUCACAUGCACACACGAGGUCUGUCUCGUACAUGUUGCAUGCAUCCAUGGGGCGUUCGACAGUGGUACUUUUGCCGACAGACUGCGUGAGGUAGAAUCUCCUUGUCAGGUUUAGAAGCGUAGCUCUGCUAUUUCCUCGAAUAUACCAAUCAUCAGUG